CAGGCUCAGCGAGGCCAGCAGCUCAUUCCAGAGACAGAAACAGCAGUUCUGGAGUUUGGACAAGCUCAGGUUAUUCGAGGACGUCAGUGCGCACCACCAAGGUGUACAAUAUGUCAUAUUCAAGGGCAUACGUGGACUCAGUGUACUAUGUACUAUGAGAAAAUUACUGAUAAGUUUCAUCAAAGUGUCUUUUCCUGUUCGUACAACUAUCGCAGAGAGACUUGCGUCCGCUUUGGUGGGGUAUUCCACUUGUUGGUGGAAUACAUUAGCUGGCAUGCUACUUCUAACUUAUGCACGGCUAAGGGCUACAUAUAG